UUCAGUUGUAAAAUGCAACUGUAAGUUCAUGCUCCAAGUGCAAGCACCAUUGAUACAUUAAAAGACAAACUCUACUUGAACCUAUUACAAUGACCAAACUCCUUGCUGACUCAUGAAUACAAUGGAUCAACAAAAUUGACAAGUACCAGUCAAAACAUUUUAUAUUUACAAUAAAUGGAUAAAUUACGGAUAGUAUAGUUGAGAUAGUUAUGCUAGAAAAAGCAUCAAACGCUUUAUUUUUUACAUCGCUCCUAUCAUGUGUACCUCUUGGUAGAUUGUAUAGAACUAUUGAAGAUGAUAACAAACGGCGUGUCUUUGGCACUGGGAUAGGAAUUCUGACGGCAUUACUUAUUUGCGGUCGUAAUGUGUUUUACACUGGUUUAAUGGUAUUGGGAAAUAUAGUCGUGAUAAGAUACUCCGAUAAACGUUACGUCCAUAAAAUAAGCCUGUUCUUUACAUGGAUGUUUCUUCUACAUUUAUAUUUCAAUGUUGGAUGCACAAAAUACUCUGGUUGGUUGUUCCAAACUAUGGCAUUACGGCUGGUUGGUUUAGCUUUUGAAAUUUACAUUUUUGACCAAAUUCCGAGCAAGCCUGAACCCAAAAAUGCUCCAAAAGUGCCCACGACUGAUGAAAGAAUUACACAACUAACAGCCGCUGAUAUUGUUAUGUACGCAUACUUCUUUAUUGGCAUACACAAAGGGCCGUAUUAUACGUGGAGAACAUUCAACGACCAUUUAAAUAGCACAGUCAGCUUGCAAGGGGAUUUCUGGGAGGUCACCCAGCAGAAACUGAGAAAGACUAUGUUGUUAACAAUUGGAUAUAUAGCUCUGCGGUCGCAUUACCCGCUCUCCACGUACGAAGAUGACGAUUUUUACACGAACUACGGCAGCGACUAUAGAUUCUUAUUCUCGAUGUCGCAACUAAUGAUUUACUACCUGGAGUCGCAGAUUAUCCUGAUGAUUACCACCAGUGCGUGUUCGGAAGCGGGGUUUGGCGUGUACCCUGCUAAGUCUAUGGCAAUCCCGGGAGCCGGGUCUACCAGGGUCGUCCCAGGACCAGAACUGCCACCAGAUAAAGAAGAAUACAAUUUUGCAAUGCUAAAAUGUUUCGACAACGAGAAAAUACUGAUGGGGCCGAGAAUGAAGGACACGAUACAUGGCUGGGACAUGGCCACGCGGUACUGGUUCGCGCAAUAUAUCGUCAAGAAUCUUAUCAAUAACAAUUUCGAAGUAAGAAGCGCGUGCUCAUUUCUGUUUUGGACGAUAUGGGUGGGUGGAACAAUGCAAGAUAUGAUCAUGGCGCUGACUCUAUGGGUCUACAUCCACUUGGAAUCCGAUUAUUCGCAGUUAUACGCAGAGACACUAACAACCCCAUGGAAUCUCGGCUUCGCGAUAAUGCGCAUAUUAUGUCUAUGCUACCUUACGCCAUGUAUCCUCAUAGACGAUUGGGCCGUGGUCCUAAGAUAUUACAAAUCAAUCUACUGGGCAUAUCACAUUGUUCUCGGGGUUUUGACCGUGGCAGCGAUUGCUAUAGAUAAAAAUAGAGCAAGAGUACGAUUGCUCACGACCAUUCCGAAGGAACCCGAGGCUCCAAAGGAAACUCCUGCGAGUCAACCUAAAGCUGAGUCCCCGGGUGACCCAGCAUCAAGGAAACCCGAGGGCACGAGCCAGCAAGACGACGCGCCGUCUACAAGUGGGAAAAAAACUGGUGAUAUCACCGCACCGAUGUAGUUGCGACCCGUUCUGUACGCUCCCUUAAUCUUAUGAGAUAGGAACAAAUGUAGGGUUCCCAGGUAAAAGGUACCACUUAAUUACCAACAAGGAUGCUUCUGUAGGUUUUUCGUAUAUUGAGAUAUACGAGCAAAGUUCGUUCUUUUGGUAAGCGACUAUGUGCCACAUUUUACUUGAGAACGUCACAAAUAUAGAGUGGAUAAAGCGGAUAUUGAAAGAAGAAUGAUGAUUCACUUCUCUCUUGCAUAUUCGGGAAAAACGAGGGAACCGAGGGAAAACAACAAAUGAUAUUAACUGAUGUUAACAGGAUUGUUAAAAAAAAACCUGUGAUUUCAGUUUCCGCGAAAUAUUAGCUAUCCAGUACCAUUUAAGGUUGGAUACUGUAGUAUCAAAAACACCUCUCAUGUUUUAAGUGUCAUUUUGUAUAAUAAAGUUUAUCUUUUUAUGUCUUACUUAUUGUUUAAUAAUUACACCUUACUAAUUUCAUAGAUAAUAGGUAGGUAUUCUAUAAAAUUUGUCUGUCAUUUCAACAAAUUUUCGUAGUCUUGGGUACCUACCUAAUUUUUGUAGUACCUAUAUAGGUACUACAAAUACGUUAGGCAUUUUAUUUUGCAGAUUAUCAAAGCAAAAGACGUGUUUAACAUUUAGCUUGUAUAUUUAAAAUAAAAAUGUACUCAUAUCAUAAGUGCAUAAAUUCAAAACAAACAUAACAUAAUAUCAAAAUUAUAACAUUCGUAAAUUUUACUUUAAAUCUUAUCAUGUAUACUUAUACAUCAUUUUUUACUACGGAAGACUGUUUGGACCAACUUGUUUUCACCAUAGUACCUAAAGAUGAAAAUUAUAUAAUUAGCUCCUAGUACAAUUAAAAAUAAAUUUCAUAACAUUCUAUAUAUUGUCUUUCUUAUUGUAACCUUUAGCAAAUGAUGUAACGAUUUCAUUCUACUUUUAUAUACCUAAUUUAGUUUAAUACCCAUUAUAUAAGUAAAUCAAUAACAAUUAGCUACAUCACAUUUUACUGAACAUCGAUUAUUACAACACACUGAUGAUAAGAUGGAUAAUAUCAUAAUCUGCCAUCAUUCACAUCAAUUUAUAAGAUUGCCACAACAAACAAUCUAUAGAUUGAUGAGGUAACAAAACAUUCAAUUUAGGGCCAGCUGCAACAACCACACUAAACAGCAGACACAUCAACAUCACGCAGUAGAAUUCUAUAGAAAUAGGCUAGUUUCCUACUAGUCAAAUCAGCUUCUUUUUAAGAACUGUCAAAACGAUUUGCUAAUAUUAUUAAAUUAAAACGGGACUUAAUCGCGUAAAACUUACGUUUUAUAUUUAUAUU